AUGUCAAGUCCGUCUCUUCAGAGUGCUAAUGCGUGUACACAAUGUCGAAGAGUCAAGAUGAAGUGCCGUCCUAUGGGACAGGAUACAUCUAAAUGUGAGCGCUGUACCCGAAAAGCCCUCGAUUGUAUUUUCAGGGAGCAUCGUCGAGGCCGCAAGCCAGGUACAAAGAUCUCUAAAGUGAAGAAAGUCCCCACCAUCUCACCACAGUCGAUUCCAAGCCUCGAGAGUCCAGCGGCAGCAGGGGCUCAUAUCUCAGAAACUGAAGACGAUGCAAAUAACCUACAGCCAUCAGGGUUGCUCAAUCAUCAGGCUUUGGAGGGGAGAUUCUCUCUUGGCAAUAUUCUCAAUGCGGAUCAAGAACCUGCGCCGCGUCAAAGAAGCCGCGAUGAGUCACUUGAGGACCCCAUUGACCUUGGACUCAUCACUCCAUCUCUGGCAAAAUCUCUGUUUGAUAGCUUCAUAACAGUUCUAAACCCAUACAUCAGCCAGCUUGAUCCCAAUCUUCAUACCUUUCCCUACGUCCGUUCCAAGUCUGCUUUUCUACUAAGCUCCAUGCUAGCCAUGGCAGCCAAGGCCUUCAAUAACGUCCUCUACAUAAAGUUGUACGACCACGCCCAGGAUCUCUUUUCAAAUGUCUUCCGGAGAGGUAGUAAAUCCGUCGAAAUCGUGCAAGGAAUCCUCAUUCUUACGUAUUGGAAGGAGCCGCAAGACACAAGGGUGUGGACCUCUGUUGGGUACGCAAUCCGCAUAUGCAUGGACUUGGGAUGGCAUAAGCUGGCUUAUUGCCGUUCUACAGUAGCCGCGACAGAGUCUGAAAUCCAAAGGCGAGAGCGACGGAAUAUUGAGAGGACAUGGUAUGUUCUCUUCGUUUACGAUCGGAGGUAUGAUCCCUCUAUCCUACCUCGAGAUUUUGUGGCAUUUCAAGCUUUCGGCUACUGA